UGUCUGCGCGUCUCGCUUCCCUCGUUCCGCCCAAGAUCGCCUCGGCCUCGGCCAUUGGCGCUCCGGCCACGGCUGCCCGCAACGCCAACAUCGUCUCGUUCUACUCGGCGCUCCCCAAGGGCGCCGCCGCCAAGAAGCCUGUCGGCCUGUCGCCGUUCAGCCGCUACAAGGCGCGCUACUUCGACGGCGAGAACGCCUCGGGCGCUCCGUUCCUCCACGCCAUCGGCGUCCUCUUCCUCGUCGGCUACACCAUCGACUACAACAUGCACCUCAAGCACCACAAGAACAACCACCACUAAACGGUUGCUCUCGAGUGUUGGGAGGGAGUGUAUCGAGACUAGACGCAGAAGGGACCGAGGCGCUCGGUCGCUGGCAGUAGUCGGCGGGGCUCUUGGCUCGGCUGCGGUGGAAACGAGGAGGUUGUCGUCCGCACAGCCGCGUUCGGGCCCGUCUCGCCUUGCG